GUAAUCAGCAACGUUGUCCCGGUAUUGCAUAUGAUGUACAGAAGCUAAGAGAUAAAUGAAUUCACGUACGAUUGGUCGGACCGCUCCCACCGCUGGAACGAUAAUUCGAAAAUGGAAACGUUACUGCAGUAUAUAAGAGUCUCUUCUCGACCUAGCGGCCAUUGUACCGCAGAGUGGUAAAUAAGUCGCUUCGAAGAAGUUGCAUCGCAGUUCAUCAAUUAUUUCAUCAUCAAGAUGAGGCUGAAUUCCGUAGUUCCGAAUUUCACGGCGGAUACGACCCAAGGGCCGAUUGAUUUUUACAAGUGGCAGGGUGAUUCGUGGGUCGUCCUGUUCUCACACCCGGCAGACUUUACACCUGUAUGUACAACCGAGCUCGGUCGAAUCGCCGUGCAUUAUCCCCAUUUCGAGAGCCGCAAUACUAAACUCUUGGCGCAUUCGGUGGACAAGUUGAAGGAUCACGUAGACUGGGUGAACGACAUCAAGUCGUACUGUCGAGACAUUCCCGGGUCAUUUCCGUACCCCAUCAUUGCCGAUCCCGAUCGCAGCUUAGCUGUCAAACUAGACAUGAUUGACGAGGAAGGUCAAAAUGAUCCAGAAGCUGCUUUGACCGUAAGAGCUCUCUACGUUAUCAGCCCGGAUCACCGACUUCGACUCUCGAUGCAUUACCCUACUUCGACUGGCAGAAACGUGGAUGAAAUUCUAAGAGUCAUUGAUUCCUUGCAAUUGGUUGAUCGAAUCCCGGCAAUAGCGACCCCUGCCAAUUGGACGCCUGGGGAUAAAGUGAUGAUCCUGCCAACCGUCGAAGAGGAGGAGCUCUCAAAAUUAUUCCCCAAAGGAGUGGACAAAGUCUGCAUGCCAUCAGGAAAAGUCUAUGUUCGCACUACCACUAAUUAUUAGUGGAGGAUAAACAUGAAAUUGAAGGCUUUUAUACUGUUGCGGGACUUGUCCAAUAUCGUGGACCAUCGCUAUAAUGCAUGGUAAUUUUUAUGUCUUCUUAAUCGUUAGACUCUCAAUUCGGUAUUAAAUAUAAUAAGUACAAAAUA